CUGAUUUUAGUUUGUGUUAGUCUCAGGGAAACUGAUCUGUGCUGUCACUCAGCUCUGGACACAAUUGAUUCAGCAGCAGUUGACAGUGUGUGGUGCAGAAAUAUCAAGGAAAUAUACUCAAAGGGCAAAUGGAUUACUUACUGGACUAUAACUAUACAGACUAUAACUACACUUCCAGUGAAGAUUUAUAUCCACCAGGGGAGCAAACUCCAGUUUUUAAGCACGAACCAACAUGUUCACGGGAAGCCUUGUGCGUGUCUUUAGCAAUCAUAAGUGGAGUCAUUUUUCUGCUCGGCUUCUGUGGGAACGCUUUGGUCAUUUGGAUUUCUGGCUUCAAGAUGAAGAAGACGGUCAACACCACGUGGUACCUGAGCCUGGCAAUUUCUGACUUUGUCUUCUGUGCCUUCCUGCCGUUGAGCAUCGUCCCGGCAGUGAUGGAGGAGUGGGUAUUUGGCCACUUCAUGUGCAAGGCCAUCUCAUUCAUGAUGUUCCUCAACAUGUUCAGCAGCAUCUUCCUCCUUGUCAUCAUCAGUGUCGAUCGCUGUGUGUCAGUCAUGUUUCCAGUUUGGGCUCAGAACCAGCGCACUGUCCGAAAGGCAUCAGUUCUUGUUGUCCUGGCCUGGCUUCUCGCCUUUGCUGUGAGCAUUCCUUCUGUGAUCUUUCGGGAAGUUCAACAUCGCUUGGGUAGGGACAUUUGCAUCAAUGUAUACACAUCACACCAACACAGUCACACGAUUAUUGCAGUGACCCGCUUCCUUACUGGCUUUGUUGUUCCUUUCAUCAUCAUUGUCAUCUGCUACUCCAUCAUCAUCGUCAAACUUCGAUCCAACAGGAUGACCAAAUCCUGCAAACCAUUCAAAGUGAUGACAGCGCUCAUCGCUGCUUUCUUCAUCUGCUGGCUGCCCUACCACGUGUUCAUCCUGAUGGAGACCAAGUCCCACUGGCACGGCCAUGAUAUUUUGCCCAUCGGACUCAAAGUGAGCACUUUACUGGCUGCAGCAAACAGCUUCCUCAACCCUGUGUUGUAUGUCUUCAUGGGCAAUGACUUCAAGCGCAGGUUCAAGAACUCUGUGCUUUCAAAGAUGGAGAACGCGAUGGGUGAGGAAGGCCGCACCACCAGCCGAUACCUGUCCCGGUCCAGCUCCAUGGAUGCCAGAGCUUCUACACACAUCUAGGGUUGUAGACAUUUCCGCAAAACCCUUUCGGUCUGUGAGCUCACUGACCAGAGAAAUACUCUUAAAACAUGUGCAAAGAAUUAACACAAGACAUGAAAUUGGUGAAUUUAUUCUGAAAUGUAUAUUUUUCUGUUGUUCUUUACAACUGUUUCCAACACAGAGAGACAGUUUACAUUGUAUGUACUCAUGUGCUCAUGUUGCAUGCAGCUGCCAUCAGCAGUUUUCAAAGGAGUUUUCGUGGAAAGUUUUGCUGGUGGAUGUUGGUUGUGACAUAAAAGGUUUGUAUGUAUACUUUCAGAUUAACACGUCAGUGCAAUAAGUAUCCUCAAAUGCAAAUAGCACACUUUGAUAUAGGGCUCCUUUCAUUACGGCAAAACUAUGUGUAUUUGGCAUCAAACGAGGUGACCGCGUCCGGUUUCUCGAAUGGCUGGUGCAUUAGUGAGUUUGUCAGAAAGCUUGCACGGACGUGCAUUUAUUCUAAGUAUAUCAUCUGAUUGUCCUUCCUGUUUAUCUGUGACACAUGUGUAAGCCAAGCAAAAGGUAAUGCAAUGGGCAAAGGAGAAUAGUGCAUUUAUGCAAACCUCAAAAAGUGUUCCACUUUAGACGGAUGUUCUGUGGUUUGAUGUGUUGCUGUUCUUACCACGGUGCUCAACUUAUCUUCUUAUUUCAGCUUUCACGUGCGGGUGGAGGUUUUGUCUUGAGGUAUGUUCUGUGUAAAAAAAGCUCUUCCACUCCUCCUCAUAUUGAAUGUAAAUCUUGACGGCUCAGUACAGGCCACGAUGAUUACAAGUUGAUAAGAAACCGCUUAGUGAUUUUUGUGUCUGUUUCAUAUAUGAGGACUGUAACUGUGCAAUAAAUACAUUUUGGAAUGA